GAUCACUCACAGACACAGGAGUCCACGGGGCCACAGCUCUUUUCCAUCAGUGCAGCGGUCAGUCAGUUUAGUGAGCGUUGUAUUGGAUCAGCAUGGUCAACUCAGCGGUGCUGUGCUGCUGGACCCUGAGCCUGAUCCGGCUGGCUACAGGACUGGUUCAUGGAAACAUUCGUCUGGAGGAAUCCCAUCCCAGCCUCGGACGCACCGAGGACUCCUUCCUCUCGGAUAUAGGUAAAGGCUCUCUCUCUAGAGGGGAUCCUGUUGGCUUCGGCUCAGACUCUGUGGAGGAGGAUUUGAUGAUGGACAUGGGAUCCUAUGAUGAGGAUGUUGCUGUCCAGCUGCAGAGCAGAGCCAUGCGUUCUCCCCGUCGCUGUAUCCCCCACCAGCAGUCCUGUCUGGGCAACACGCUGCCCUGCUGCGACCCCUGCGAUACCCGCUACCCGCGAAUGUUCGGUUCGAUCUGCUACUGCCGUCGGACGGCCUGCGCCGGCGCUCGCAGGCGUCCCUAGCAACCCUCCUAGCAACCCUCCACGGCUGACCUCCUCCCCCGGUGGGCCCCCUUCUCUGCCAGUCUACAGUCAAUAUCUAAUCCAUAUCCGUAAGGCCGAGCCCUCAAACACAGACUCUAUCCCGUCCCAGUAGGCAUCGAGGAGGUGGGCCUAUAGGAUACUGUUACGUUGUAUUUCUUCUUACUGUUAUCUCUGGUCAUGUUAGUGUUUUUUUUUUUGUAAUAGGUUAGAUGGAUGUUACAUUGAAUUUCUUCUUGUGGUCCUCUGUAGCUCAGCUGGUAGAGCACGGCACUUGUAACGCCAAGGUAGUGGGUUCGAUCCCCGGGA